AUGUCACACAAACGGAAGCAUGAUCGCACUGCAGAACCUUGUGCAAGGAAAUCAGCGCGCUGGAGCAACGGAGACAGAUUAGUUAGUUGUUGGGAUGACGAAGAUCAGGGAACUAGGCAGAGGGGCAGACAGACAGACAGACGGGUUGGAGGGAAAUGGAAGAAGCGUGGUACAGUUUAUAAUAAGACGAGGGCGUACAAAGACUCACACAGCGAACAGACAGAGCGGCAUUCCCUUGUUCCUGAUUGCACUCCAGACCCAAGGAUGAUGGGCAGAGAUAAAGAGCUAGACGAGUAUCAUGAAUAA